AUUCACGUUGAUAGGACUCAUGUAUCUGCAAAAAGUUAUUAACCUUCUCAUACCUAUUUAGAGUUGAAUAUAGAAUUUAAUUUACUUCAUCAUAUAUGAUUAAAAAGUUCCUAUGUAGCAGUCAAUUUCAUGUUGAGAAUAGGGGGUAAAAUUAUUUGAAUAUUAGCAAAAAUUCGUACCCCUUUUAAUUAAUCGAUGAAGUCUCGCUACAUUGGCCACAUUUAAAACGGAUUACCUACUUGUUUAGAAAUAUAUUUUCAAACUCUCAAAAAUAAACAAAAAAUAAAUUAAAAUGUCUAUUGGAGUACCUAUAAAAGUGUUACACGAAGCAGAAGGUCACAUAGUUACAUGUGAAACUAUAACCGGUGAAGUUUACCGCGGCAAAUUGAUUGAAGCUGAAGAUAAUAUGAAUUGCCAAAUGACACAAAUAACUGUCACUUAUCGAGAUGGUCGAAUGGCUACUCUGGAAAAUGUUUAUAUUCGUGGAUCCAAAAUAAGAUUUCUCAUCUUACCAGACAUGCUUAAGAAUGCUCCAAUGUUUAAAAAUAAAGCGGGUAAUAAAACAGGCACCGCUGGACGUGGUAAAUCGGCUAUAUUACGAGCUCAAGCUGCUCGAGGAAGAGGAAGGGGUGGCCUCAAUCAAGGGCCGUCAAAAGGACCUCCUGGGAAUAAAGGAGGUCCCUGGCAAGGUGGGCCUACUGGUGGACGAGGCCGUGGAGGAAUAUAAUUUAUUAUACUUAACAAUUAAGUAUUAUAAUUAAUUUCUCUUAAGCAUUCAAUAAAUCUUUUUUUAAAAAAUA